AUGUUCUUGCAAAGAUAUCUCAUUAGUCUCUCCAUAGAAAACAGAAUUGUCUCGUAUUAUCUCUCGGAAGAAUGUUCUUUGCAAAGAUAUCUCAUUAGUCUCUCCAUAGAAAACAGAAUUGUCUCGUAUCUCUCGGAAGAAUGUUCUUGCCAAAUAUCUCUAUCUCUCAUAGAAACAUGUCUCAUUAGUCUCUCUCAGCCUCUCUAUAGAAAACGAUUGUCUCGUAUCUCUCUCGGAAGAAUGUUCUUGCAAGAUAUCUCAUUAGUCUCCAUGAAAACAGAAUUGUCUCGUAUUAUCUCUCGGAAGAAUGUUCUUGCAAGCUAUCUCAUUAGUCUCUCCAUAGAAAACAGAAUUGUCUCGUAUUAUCUCUCGGAAGAAUGUUCUUUUGAAUAUCUCAUUAGUCUCUCCAUAGAAAACAGAAUUGUCUCGUAUUAUCUCUCGGAAGAAUGUUCUUUGCAAGAUAUCUCAUUAGUCUCUCCAUAG